AUGGAGACGGUGCGCGGAGAGAGCUGCAGCCAACCGAGCGAGGACGAUUCACAGCCUGAAGAUUCACUCAGUGUGACUGAUGUAUCAGUGGAGGUGGCAACGGUGGAUGCUAUGCUCAAUAAACUAUGUAAGAAAUACAGCAGACGCAGAAGACGAGCGAAGAAGUUAAAAAAGAAAAAGAAACAGCGGUUGAGCCUGCAGAACAUGGUGCUUCUGAUCACGGUGGUGGUCUUUAUCGUUGUGGUAAUCAUGUGGGCACUUCUGUGGGUUUUUACCUUUCGUCGAGAGAGCAACAGCGGCGUUUACUUUGCUGGUACGUUUCGUGUUGCCAAUGUGGAGUUCAUACCAGAGUACCGUCAUGCCGACUCCAGUGAAUUUGUAUCCAUGGCAAAUCAAAUCCAACACGUGGUGAGCAAAGUAUACAGAACAUCAUCGAUAUCCAAACUCUACAAACAUACCGUCAUAUCUGACCUGAGUAACAAUGAUAAAGGUGGUGUGCUGGUUUAUUUCUGGAUGAUCUUCGAGGUGCCAAGGCUCAAGACUCCGACCGUGUGUGAGGAGUGUGUAAGUGCAAUCCUCAGAGACUCUGUGCUCACUUCUCUGAAGAACAGAUCGUCUGUAGGUUUCCUCCUGGACCUACCAGUUGACAUCGACUCCAUCCUCAUCAAUGUCGCUCUUCGUUCAGAUUACACCCUGACUGCAUCAGGUUCUGAGUGUGUGGACAAGCUCUAUGCAGGCCUCCCUGGUGUGAAGGUCCCACUGAAUGUUUUCUCAUCAUGGGGGGGUCUGAGCUGCCACAUGAAGCUGACGUCUGCUCCCGGUUCCAUCAUCCGUCUCACGGUGAACAGCCUGAACAUUGAACCCAGUGACUGUAUUUAUGAUGCCCUGACUGUGUACGAUGCCCUGCUGCCCAUGAGAGCCAAAACUCUGCACAGUCUGUGUGAGUCUGUGCGGGUUCCUGUCUCUUUGGUUUCCACCUCCAAUGUCAUGCUGCUCUUCUUCAGACUCGCUCAGGGCAACAAAAGCUUCCGAGGAUUCUUCCAGGCUGUUCCUGAAGAGGAGUGCCUGAGUGUGACUGAGAUUCCAGCAGCGGCUGGUGAGGCAGGAGAAAUUACCAGCCCAUUCCACCCCAGUUUGCUUCCCCCUCUUUGCUCCUGCACAUGGAGGCUUCAGACCCAGAGCAGUUCUCUCGGCGUGGCUCUGAAGUUCCAGAACUACAUUCUCUCACCCAAAGACCUGACUCCGUGCAAACAAGGCUGGUGGAAGAUUAACGAGGUCAUAUACUGUGGCAGCUACGUGAGCCAUGUGACGGUCUUCCGUGUCCUUGAGAGCAGCGUGGAGGUGGUGUUUCGGUGCAGUUCCCGCAGCGCUGAGCAGCCCUUCAGUGCCACCUACAGCAGCUUUAACAUCAGCCAACCGUGUCCUGAGGGUCACUUUCUCUGCUCCACGGGGUUGUGUGUGAAGAAGGAGCGGCGCUGCGAUGGCAUAGACGACUGUCAGGACGAGAGCGACGAGGUCUUCUGCUCGAAACCUGUUAAAAACUGUGGCGACUCGUCUCCUCUUCAUCCGCUCUAUGUAUGCAAUGGAGAGAAAGACUGUCCCAACGGCAGAGAUGAGUCCAACUGCACUCAAGAAACCUGGUGUUCUGGGAUCUGGUAUCAGUGCAGCAGUGGAUCCUGCAUCCUAAAGAAAAACGCAAAGUGUGAUGGAGAACCCGACUGUCUCGACCGCAGCGAUGAAAGCGACUGUGACUGUGGACACCCCAUGCCUAUAAAGCGAGUGAUCGACACCGCUGCACCUCAGGAGCGGGUGGUGGGUGGAGUCAAUGCCGUGGAAGGUGAGUGGCCUUGGCAGGUCAGUCUGCAUUUCUCCGGCCAUCUGUACUGCGGAGCGUCGGUCAUCACCAGCGAGUGGCUCAUCUCUGCUGCACACUGCUUCAGUAAAGACAGACUGUCAGACCCUCGGCAGUGGAUGGCUCACCUGGGCAUGUUGACUCAAGGCAGCGCCAAGCAUGUGGCUGAGAUCCGCCGCAUUAUGGUGCACGAGUACUACAACGCUCGUAACUUUGACUACGACAUCGCCCUGCUGCAGCUCAGAAAGCCCUGGCCGAGCAGCUUGGCCCCCUUCAUCCAGCCUGUGUGCCUGCCUGCAACCUCGCAGACCCUCACAGAGAGCCACCGCUGCUGGGUGACUGGCUGGGGAUACCGCUCCGAGCAGGAUAAGGUGUUGCCCACCGUACUGCAAAAGGCUGAGGUUAGUGUUCUGAGUCAAAGCGAGUGUAAGAGGGCGUAUGGCCCAGUGUCUCCCCGUAUGCUGUGUGCAGGAGUAUCCAGUGGAGAGCAGGAUGCCUGUCGGGGUGACUCGGGUGGUCCUUUGUCGUGUAGGAGUUCAGAAAGUGGGCGCUGGUUUCUGACAGGCAUUGUGAGCUGGGGGUCGGGCUGCGGCAGACCCAACUUUCCCGGCGUGUACACCAGAGUGGCCAAGUUCAUCGGCUGGAUCAACAGCCACAUUUACAACUAACGUUUAGUCCAUAACGCUAAGAGCCAAUCGUAUUCACCAUUUACAGCGAACCACAUCAAACUGUGAACGUCAGCAACCAUAAAUCUCAGACCUCAGUAUAUUCAAAGCCAUAUAGAAGCCGUAUAGGAGCAGGUCACUGUGUGAUUGUCUGGUGUAAGUAA